CCCCUCGGCCGGGCGCCGGGGGCGGAGCGGGGCGGCCCCGGGAGGAGGAGGAGGAGUUUGCCGCGGAGCCCGGGAGCCUGCUCCGAGGAUGUCUCCGUCCCACUCCUCCUCCUCCUCCUCCUGCCCCUUUGCCGCGCAGCCGGGGAGGGCCGCCGCCGCCGCGCACCAUGGGGAGCUGCUGGCUGCGCCUCGCCGCGCUGCUGGCCCUGGGCGCCUGCCGCAGCCUGGCGUACGAGGGAUCGGGAUAUUCACCCCUUGAAGAUGACGAAGAUGUGUAUGCACGCAAUAGAUAUAAAGAAACACCAUGGUGCUCUCCAAUUAAGGUGAAACAUGGUUAUGCAAACUGCAGGACACCUCAAGGGGAAUAUUAUAAGAAUGUGUUGGGUACAAGAUGUGACAUUCGUUGUCAGAAAGGCUAUGAACUGCAUGGCCCGCAUCAGCUAAUUUGUCAGUCAAGCAAACGCUGGUCUGGGAAAGUGUUGUGCAAACAAAAGCGCUGCCCGACACUGUCCAUGCCAACCAAUGGAGGGUUCAAGUGUUUAGACGGUGCUUACUUUGGCUCCAGGUGUGAAUACUACUGUUCGCCAGGGUACCAGCUGAAAGGCGACCGUAUAGUGACGUGCAUGGACAACAAAGUCUGGAGCGGCCGGCCAGCUUCCUGCGUUGAUACAGAACCACCGAGAAUCCAGUGCCCGAGUGUGAAGGAGAAAACCGCAGAGCCAAAUAAGCUGACAGCCAGAGUGUUCUGGGACACCCCUGAGGGAAGGGACACUGCUGAUGGGAUUUUGACAGAUGUUAUUUUGAAAGGCCUGCCACCAGGGUCACAUUUUCCAGAAGGUGACCACAAAAUCCAAUAUACUGUAUAUGACAGAGCUGAAAACAAAGGCACUUGCAAAUUUCUUGUUAAAGUCAGAGUCAGGCGCUGUGUGAAAUUAAACGCCCCAGAUAAUGGCUACAUCAAGUGUUCAGGUGAUGGAAAUAACUAUGGUGCUACAUGUGAGUUUUCCUGCAUCGGUGGCUACGAGCUGCAAGGAAGCCCAGCUAGAGUAUGCCAGUACAAUUUGGGGUGGUCAGGAGUGGAGCCAACCUGUGCACCCAUGAAUAUUAAUGUGAACGUAAGGACUGCAGCUGCACUUCUGGAUCAAUUUUAUGAGAAACGGAGAUUGCUAAUUAUUUCAACUCCUACUGCAGCCAACUUCUUUUACAGGAUGCAGUUGGGAAUGUUGCAGCCAGCACAGUGUGGUUUAGACCUUCGACAUGUUACAGUAGUUGAAUUGGUGGGUGUAUUCCCAGCACAGAUAGGACGAAUUGGUGUAAAGCUGCUGCCCCCAUCACUUGCACUGCAACUCAGACUGUUGCUGCGAAUCCCCCAUUAUAACUUCAACAUUGUGGUGAUGGACAAGCACGGAAUGGACAAGGAACGCUACCCUUUCCCAGCAACACCAGCUGAGCUCUUUGCACUUAUUGACAAUUUUCCCUUGAGGAAAGAAGAGAUGAAACUGCAAGCAGAAAUUGGCCAGUCAUGUCCUUAAUUCAGAAUUGCAGGGCUUUCAUUUGUCGGUGAAUUUUUUUAUCCACAUAAUUCUCCCCUUGGUGCUACACAAAGCAUGGCCUUUUUCAAUCACUGAUGUACAGAUUUUUUUUGUGUGUAUUGUUAAGUCUGUCUUGUUGUGUAGCUAUUCGGCAUAGACAUAUGCAUGAUGCUUUUUUUGUACUUUCAGCCAUCUUUAAAGAAAUUUCUAUGUAGAAUUAUUAUCCAGUGGAAUUGCUUGUACAGACAAUGAAGAACUGAGGCACGUCUCCAGGAGUUUAUUUUGGAUUUUUCAUUCAGUGUAAAAUUGGAGUUUCUUUCUUACUGUUUUUAAGUCUUUUUAUUAAUAAAAUAUUGUUUUGCAAACAGA